AUGGAAGCAACUGACGGAGGCAAUGAUUGCAGAGGCAACAGGAUCUGUGUGAUGGCAUCUCGGUUGUGCUUGUGCUUCUAUUUCUGCUUGACGAUCACCGCCGCCAUAACUCGAGCUCAAAACACCACCGAUCCAGCUGAAGCACGAGUUUUAAAUGCAAUGUUCAGCCAAUGGGGGAUACCGGAAAGUUCAGUAACACAGAUGGGAUGGAACAUAAGCGGAAACCCAUGCAGCGGCGCCGCCUUGAACUCUACCGACUUCAAUGCCUUCGGUUACAAUCCCGGCAUCAAAUGCGACUGUAAUUUCCCCAAUUCUACUACUUGCCACAUCACCCAACUAAAGGUUAUUGGAAUGGAUGUUGUGGGUCCAAUUCCAGAAGGACUCUGGACUUUGACUUACCUUACAAAUCUUCAGUUGGCCCUGAAUUACUUAACAGGUCCCUUGUCACCUUCCAUUGGCAAUUUAACUCGGAUGCAGAUCAUGAGUUUUGGCAUCAAUGCAUUAUCAGGGCAAGUUCCACGAGAGCUAGGACAACUUACUGAUCUUAGAUCACUGAGUUUAAGCACAAACAGUUUCACUGGUCCCCUACCAUCUGAACUUGGAAAUUUGAGAAGAUUACAAGAGCUUUUCAUUGAUAGUGCUGGAUUUGGUGGUCCUAUACCUCCUUCAUUUGCUAACUUACGAAACCUGCAGACAGUAUGGGCUUCUGAUAAUAAUUUCACAGGCAGAAUACCAAGCUUUAUAGGGAAUUGGUCACAAUUACGAUCCUUGUGGAUUGAGGGGAACUCUUUUGAAGGUUCAAUACCACCUUCAUUUUCUAGACUGGCCUCUUUGCAGGAAUUGGGCAUAAGUGGUUUAUCUAAUGGAACUUUGGAUUUUAUUAAUGGCUUGAGGUCCCUGAGUAUCGUAAGGUUGAGGAAUAACAAAAUUUCUGGCUCUAUUCCAAAUGAUAUAGGAGAGUAUGAAAGCUUGACAGAACUGGACUUGAGUUUCAACAAUUUGAGUGGGGAGAUUCCAAGAGGAUUAUUUAGCUUGAGCCAAAUGUCUUUAUUGUUUCUUGGAAACAAUAGUUUAACUGGUACUCUUCCCGAUGUAAAGAGCACAACUCUCCAGAAUAUUGAUCUGUCACACAAUGAACUAUCUGGGACACUUCCUUCUUGGGCCGAUGACUCGGGCUUACAACUUAAUAUAGUCGUCAACAACUUCACUAUAGGUGAUUUUGAAGGCAGAGGUUUGCCUUUAGGAGUGGUUUGUCUCCAAAGGGAUUUCUCUUGUUAUCCUGGAUCACCAAUAUAUAGUAGCUUUGGAAUCAAUUGUGGUGGCCCACAAAUUACAUCCUCAAGUCAAUUAGUCCAUGAGCAAGAUAACGAACAACUAGGGCCCGCAACAUACUAUUUGACUCCCGAAAAGAGGUGGGGUGUCAGCAAUGUGGGAGUAAGUCUAAGUGACAACCCCCCCAAAUACAGAGUCUCCACUCUACGCGAGUUUACAAACACUUCAGAUCCACAACUCUUCCAAACAGCAAGACUCUCUGCUGGAUCUUUAAGAUAUUACGGCUUAGGACUUGAGAACGGCAACUACACUGUAAACCUUCACUUCGCAGAACUUGAGAUACAAGAUGGUCCCACUUGGAGAAGUCUUGGAAGGCGUGUAUUUGACAUUUAUAUCCAGGGAAAUCGGGUGUUUGAAGAUUUUGAUAUAAAAAGGGAGGCAGGGGGAGCUUCAUUUAGUCCUGUUUCAAGGGAAGUAACAAUCCAGGUGUCACAUAACUACCUUGAGAUACAUUUCUUUUGGUCUGGAAAAGGGACUUGGGCUGUACCUGACCAAGGAACUUUUGGACCACUUAUCUCAGCAAUCAGUGUCACCCCAAAUUUCAUCCCUAGUGUGAGCAAUAGUCCACCUUCCAACAAGAAGAAGAAUAAUACCGGUUUGACUGUAGGGAUUUUGGUUCCGAUUGUGGUUGUGAGCUUUUUGGUGUUAUUAGCCCUGUAUAUUCUUCGUCAGCAAAGGAAAAAGAGGAAUAAUGAUGACAACUAUGAUGAAGAUUUUUUGGGAAUUGAGGCAAGACCAUAUACUUUUGGUUAUGGAGAAUUGAGAGAUGCGACAAAUGAUUUUAGUCCUGCAAAUAAGCUUGGGGAGGGUGGUUUUGGACCUGUUUACAAGGGAACACUUGCUGAUGGGAGAGUAAUAGCUGUUAAACAACUCUCCAUAGCUUCUCACCACGGUAGGAGUCAAUUUGUGGCAGAAAUUGCUACAAUAUCUGCAGUCCAACACCGUAACCUUGUGAAAUUAUACGGAUACUGCAUCGAUGGAGCAAAACGACUUCUUGUCUACGAGUAUCUUGAAAACAAGAGCCUCGAUCAAGCAUUAUUCGGAAGGAAAAAAUUGUCACUUCCAUGGUCUACCCGUUUUGAAAUAUGCAUGGGGUUGGCACGUGGUCUCUCAUAUCUCCAUGAGGAAUCGCGCAUACGAAUUAUACAUCGAGAUGUGAAAUCUAGCAAUGUUUUGCUUGAUUCUGAUUUGAAUCCUAAGAUAUCGGAUUUUGGUUUGGCUAAACUUUAUGACGACAAGAAAACACACAUGAGUACUCGUGUUGCAGGCACAAUUGGGUAUCUGGCACCAGAGUAUGCAAUGCGUGGACAUCUCACGGAAAAGGCUGAUGUGUUUGGGUUUGGAGUUGUUGCUCUAGAGAUCAUCAGUGGAAGGCCCAAUUGCGAUUCAAGUGUGGCAGAUGAGAAAAUAUAUCUUCUUGAAUGGGCAUGGAACCUACAUGAAGGGAACCGUGAACUCGUAUUAGUGGAUGAGGAAUUGUCUGAAUUUGAUGAAAAUGAAGUGAAAAGAGUAAUAAAAGUUGCCCUUUUAUGCACACAAACUUCACCAACAUAUCGACCAUCAAUGUCGCGUGUGGUGGCUAUGAUUUCGGGUGAUGUUGAAGCAAGUGGUGUAAUUACUCGGCCUGAGUAUUUGACCGGUUUCAGUUUUAAUGAUGCUACAACUUUUAAGAGUGCAGUUCCUACAUCUACAACUUCGGGUGGUAAUGGUAGGGCUUGUACGAGUAACUCGACUGUUUCACCAUUACUGCUUUCGCCACUUGAUAUUUACCGACCCAUGCUUUAUAAUAUUAAGGGAGAAGUUGACAUUAAAGAAUCACUUAAUCAAUUAAAUGAAAAAGUUGAAGAACUAUCAAAAAAGAUUGUUCAAAUGAUUAACCAAGGCUUAGUAACUACAAACCAAUUAGAAGCCAUCGCUGCUAAAAUUAUUAAUGAAAUGCAAAAGGAACUUCAAAAAAGUUCUUGCAACAAAGAAAUUAUUGAUAUAAUCAAUAAAACUACUACAGUUUUAGAUCCUAAAACUGAAGAUAAAAAGCCAUUCACUGAUGAAGAAUUGAUAAUCAAUGGAUCAAUUGUAUCUAUUCUUGAUCAAGCUCUUAGGUUACUAGAUCUUGCUGAAAUUCAAGGAAAGGAUACAAUAAACUUAGAAAUCUCUACAUCUGAGGAACUUAAACAACUUUUCCAUUUUGAUGAAACGAUUAACAUCAUAGAAAAAAUAUCUGAUAAAGAAACUUCUUUAUGUAUUUCAGAAGAAGAAGUAGAAUCUCUUUCUUCUGAUAUAGAGCCUAACUUCGGGAUGAAUAAGACCGAACCACAUUUCAAUCAUCCUGGAGAAUCUUCUUUUCAAGGUGAAAGAAGAAAAGGAUCUAAAAUUGAACAAGGUCAUAGAAUUGGCUCAUGCCAAAUCUUCCCACUAGAAAUCCAAACUAGUUCGGAACAAACAUUCUCAAUAUUGACAACAUUGAAACAAAUAGAAAAGAAUUUAUCGAAAGAUGGACUUCAGAAAUAA